GAGAAGUAGAGUGGAAGAGGUGGGAAGUGAAGGAGCGGUGGGAGGAGGGACUAUAAAUCGGAGAAGUUAGUCUAAAAUUUCAUCACACACCUCGUCGUCUUCGCCUCUCCUCGCAGGAUUUUUCACGACUUCUAUACUAAGGAAUCAGAUCUUCGUCAGCCAUGGCUGUGGAGGGGGGAAUGAAAUGUGUCAAGUACCUGCUUUUCAUUUUCAACUUCCUUUUCUGGUUAUGUGGCCUCGCAUUGAUUGUCGUGGGAAUUCUGGUGCAAGUGGGUUUGCACAACACCUUGAUGAUCAAGGAUGCGUCCGCCUCAGGAGCCCCCAUCGUUAUCAUUGCAAUCGGCGUGGUGAUUUUCUUCAUUGCCUUCUUCGGCUGCUGCGGUGCCUGGAAAGAGAACUACUGCAUGGUCACCACGUUUGCCAUUCUUCUGGUCCUGGUCAUUCUUGUUGAGGUUGCAGCAGCAAUCGCUGGAUAUGUCUACAGAAACAAACUCUCAGCUGUCGUCGAGGAUAGUCUCACUGACAUGAUCAGCAAGUACAAGAACGGCACAGCUGAGUUCAAAAAAAGCGUGGACAAAAUGCAAGAGGAUUUGAAAUGCUGUGGUGGUAACAGCUCCACUGACUGGAAAAACUUCGGAAAAGACGGAAAAACUGUGCCUGACUCGUGCUGUAAGAAUGUUUCUGCUGGCUGUGGAGAGGGGGCCAUGACGAACGCUGCCAAAGUGUACCAGAAGGGAUGUCAUGAUGCUUUGGAGGCUUUACUGAAGAAAAACGUCCUGUGGGUGAUCGUUGCAGCUCUUGUUAUUGCUUUCCUGCAGAUAUUGGGCAUCGUGUUCGCCUGCUUGUUGAUGAGAGGCAUCCGCAGCGGCUACGAAGUCAUGUGAUUCAGAUUCACACCAGAGGAGUUUACUGUUCAGGUCACACUUGUUGGGAGCUUAUUUCGGAAACUCUUAUGUUCAUCUUAUACUGCAGAUAUAAUGCACAAAACAAUAUCAUUUUCUCUUGUACCGAUUUUGGAUUAUGUUUUCACAGGUUAAACAAUGUUUCCGCUUUGAUGCUGUAAGUGCUUAGGAGAUGAUAGGAAUGAUUAUGUCCACUUAACUGUCAGCGUAUGUUCUUGUUGGUUAUGAGGAAAUCUAACAGCUUUCACUUGUUGCGUUUAGAGACUCGAGAUCUGUUUUUAUGUUUUGCUGGUUGCAAGUUCUUGUUUUUAUUAAAGACUCCUUAAAUUACGUCUGAAUCUAAUUUUAAGUGUAAAUUUCCCAUUGAAUAAAAGAAGUGGACAUAGCCACCAUGAUGUCA